GCUAUUUUUUUUUUCAUGGAUGUUCUUCUUCGAGUAUGUGUAGAAGGGAUACAAUCAUAUUUUUCCGAUAUACUUAACUCCAUAGAUGCUGUCAUUAUUAUGGUAACUCUAGUAAUUGAUUUCACUUAUAUUUUUUAUGACUCCAAUAUUUUUAACGGUAUCCCCAGAUUGAUCAUUUUACUUCGAUCUCUACGACUUGUAAUUCUGAUGAGAGUUUUUCAUCUGGCUUACCAAAAAAGACAUCUUGAAAAGCUGACCAGAAGGAUGGUUUCAGGAAACAAACGACGAUACAAGAAAGAUGGAUUUGACUUAGACCUCACUUAUGUUACUGACCGUAUUAUUGCCAUGUCAUUCCCAUCUUCUGGAAAGCAGUCUUUCUAUAGGAAUCCCAUUCAGGAAGUUGUGCGGUUUCUGGAUACCAAGCAUCGAAAUCACUAUCAAGUCUACAAUCUUUGCAGUGAAAGAGCUUAUGAUCCUAAGUACUUCCAUUACAGGGUCCAUCGAAUCAUGAUUGAUGAUCACAAUGUCCCCUCUCUGAGUGAGAUGGUGAAAUUUUCCAAAGAAGUACAAAAUUGGAUGGCUCAAGAUGAUAAAAACAUCGUAGUGAUUCACUGUAAGGGAGGCAAAGGAAGAACUGGAACUAUGGUUUGUGCCUGCCUUAUUGCCUGUGAACUAUUUAUAACUGCAGAGGAGUCCCUUUACCAUUUUGGAGAGCGACGAACAGAUAAAACCACCAGCACUAAAUUUCAGGGAGUAGAAACUCCUUCUCAGAAUAGGUAUGUUUCAUAUUUUGCAGAUUUGAAAAAUAUCUAUAACAUGGCUCUCCCUCCAAGAAAACUACUUAUGAUUAAAAAAAUUGUUAUUUAUUCAAUUCAUGGCAACGGAAAUGAUCUAAUAGUGCAAAUAAUAAUGCAUCAAAAGAUUGUCUUUUUCGGUUCUGCUUCCAGAAACUGUAGGAUAGUUCACGAUGUUGAAAGAGACAGAGUGAUAAUUUAUCUAUGCAACUGUGCACCUCUGCAUGAUGAUGUGAAAGUGCAAUUUCUGUCUACUUCGGAUCUUCCUAAGUACUAUGACAACUGCCCAUUUUUCUUUUGGUUCCACACAUCUUUUAUUGAAAAUAACAGGCUUUAUCUUACAAGAAAUGAAUUGGAUAAUCCCCAUAAGCCAAAAACAUGGAAUAUUUAUCGUCCAGAGUUUGCAGUUGAAAUAUAUUUUGAUGACAUUAAGUUGUAGCUGGUAUCUGAUUAAGUGUAGUUCCCCUUCUAGAAUAGAACCGUAUUCUUCCCAACCCCUGCUACAUAUUUAUAUCUUCAAAACCUAUUUUCUUGCUGGUAUACUUAUGUUUAAAUAUAUGUACAUAUGUUCUUGAGAAAUCUAUUAAAUAUAUAUUAAAUAUAUACAAGAGAAAAUGUCAAUGGCAAUUUUUUUUCCUUUUUGAAGGAAUAUACUUCACACAGUUUUCAACUGCACUGAGAUGAAUUUAGAACACAGUAGACAGGAACACGUUAUCACUUUUAAAAACUUUAAAUAAAACUCUCAUGUCAAAAUAACUGACAUACAUUACACUUGUGAUUCCCCCCGAUACUAUGGAUUUUUCACUGAUAUGUUUUUGGACAAGUAUUUAUUCCCUGCUUUGUUUCACAUUUGUAAUUUCAGAUUAGAAGGCAAUUUCUACUUCCUUCCUCCAUUUGAUUAACAAACUAACAAAAAUCAGAUUGGGAGCAAAGACUGUUAAACCCAGAGACACGUUUACACAGCAGCUCCCCACCUGCAACACAUGCUUUUCUCUUGCCCUCUGCACAGAGCUUCAUUCAGUGACACACGCGCAUUGGAGAGGGGAGAGAAUCUUGGUCAACAUGAAGGAUUGAGAAUCUUCAGCAACUUCUGCUUCUGUGGAACAUCACAAGUGAAGUCAAAGGAAAUAUCUGCCUGGAGAUCUAGAUUAUUUUAAAAUGGCUAAGAACCAACUUUCCCUAAACUUGGGGAACCGUGAAGGAAGGUCACCUUUUCAUUACAAACACUGGUUAGUCCUGUGUGGACAGGGCAUCAUUUUCUCUUUGGUACCCAGGGCUAUUUUAUUACAAGUACCUUCACUGCCACUGUAUCUUAAGGCCAUAAUUACCCUUGAAAACAGUCCUAUUUUGGCUUUAUUGAAAUUAUCCUUAUUUGAGUGAUUUGCCCUUUAAUAGGCAAGGCUCUCAACAAUCUAGACCAAGUUAAAUUCAUCGGGAAACAAAGGUAGCAACUAAAAAGAAACAGUGCCUCUGCUAACACACACUGGACUCAUUCCUGAAAAACCUUGUGCUCUGCAAAAAGCACACACUUAAGAAAUGGUUUGCUUGGGGAGACGGGGUUGGGGGUUAUUUGGGGAUUUGGGGAUUUGGGGCAGGCCACUCCAACUAAGCAAUGUUGUAACCAGCACACCAACCACUAACCACCCAGGUGGCAGCCCAGAACGUCUGGAGGUUGCCACAGGAACUAGGGGGAACUAGGGCAAUCCUUUAAUUGGAGGGCUGGUGGGUGCCAAAGUGGCACUGGCAUAGGUGCUCGCUCUUUCCUCAGAAGAGCCCACAAAGGGCCCCAGCUGCCAGUGCAGCAGCCCAGCUGAAGGUUUUUUGCUUUUCUGACAAAAGUUAUCGUUCUACACUCCCUGAAGGAAGAGAUCUUGGAAGACACCAUCUCAAGUUCCUUCCAUGUUAUGACUGCAUUAAUCCCUGUUCAUUGGUGUUACAGAAACAUGUUGUGGCAGAACAGGUCGUUUCCUUUAAAAUUCAUGCCACAAUCCAGAGUGCAGACCAAGUGGCAGGCUUAACUGAAUGGGGGGUGGGGGGAUGCGUGGCUGGCUCAGUGAGGACUAAGAUCUAGCUUUUGCAAUACUGCCAGACCCCAAUUUCUAAGAACCUUUCUGUUUGAAAUAAGGAGAUGCAGUUGGGGUUUCUCUUCCCUAGAAGAGAUCCAAGAUCCAUCAGAAUUUUGGCAAUGAGUUGCCACACUAUUUUGCUUCCUCUCCUAGAGGGAGAACUUGCUUAGGGUCUCCUGGGGGUUACUUUCUUGGAACCCAAUAUGAACUUGAGAAAUUACAUUAGAAUAUAUCAGAAUGGCACAAGUUUUCUUAAACAUAAUUUAAUAACCUGGAGUAUUACCCAAAACUAAAUAGCAAAAGGUUUAACUAUUUAAAGAAAAAGAAUGGCAUCCUGCCAAAUCACACACAU